AUGGCCGGGGUGUUACCCCUGGUACAGUCUGCCCUGAAUCAGCAGCCGGCCGACCGUUUGGAUGGCGUAGCGCCAACGACGUCGUUUACGGGCCUGCCUGCUACACCUCCCCUGACUGGACUGGUCCACCCGGAUGAGCCCCGGGAGGUAACGAUCGACUGGAUUAAGUCCCGAGCGAUACGCCACGUGACGGAGCUCGCAGAUGCCCUGGGAAUAAUGCGCAAGCACGUGGCAGAGACGGCGGCAGCAAAGCGCGCUAAGGCCUGGUACCGUCGUGAUGGUCAACGUUCCAUGAAGCUGGCGAAAUUUACGCUGGGCGAUUUUGUUUUGGUGGCCCGGGCUCUCCAGCAUCCGGGAAAGCUAACGUUGCUUUGGAAGGGACCCUUCUGGGUCGUGAAGGUGGUCUCCGACUACCUGAUUGAAGUCCAGCAGCUGGUGCCUCCGGGAGCAACGUCCCUGCACCAUGCAUGCCGGCUCCGCCUGUACUGUGAGGGCGGAUGUGCAGUCAAUGAAGGUUUGAAGGCCCAAAUCGCGUUCAGCGAUGAAGGUUUUUACGUGGAAGACCUCCGGGACCUGCGUCUGCGAGAUGGGGUCUGGGAAGUCCUGAUCAAGUGGCUUGGCCUGGACGAUCUGGAGUCGUCCUGGGAACCGGCCCUAUCGAUCUACGAAGAUGUUCCUGUGGUAUUCCCGCCAACGACGUCGUUUACGGGCCUGCCUGCUACACCUCCCCUGACUGGACUGGUCCACCCGGAUGAGCCCCGGGAGGUAACGAUCGACUGGAUUAAGUCCCGAGCGAUACGCCACGUGACGGAGCUCGCAGAUGCCCUGGGAAUAAUGCGCAAGCACGUGGCAGAGACGGCGGCAGCAAAGCGCGCUAAGGCCUGGUACCGUCGUGAUGGUCAACGUUCCGUGAAGCUGGCGAAAUUUACGCUGGGCGAUUUUGUUUUGGUGGCCCGGGCUCUCCAGCAUCCGGGAAAGCUAACGUUGCUUUGGAAGGGACCCUUCUGGGUCGUGAAGGUGGUCUCCGACUACCUGAUUGAAGUCCAGCAGCUGGUGCCUCCGGGAGCAACGUCCCUGCACCAUGCAUGCCGGCUCCGCCUGUACUGUGAGGGCGGAUGUGCAGUCAAUGAAGGUUUGAAGGCCCAAAUCGCGUUCAGCGAUGAAGGUUUUUACGUGGAAGACCUCCGGGACCUGCGUCUGCGAGAUGGGGUCUGGGAAGUCCUGAUCAAGUGGCUUGGCCUGGACGAUCUGGAGUCGUCCUGGGAACCGGCCCUAUCGAUCUACGAAGAUGUUCCUGUGGUAUUCCGUCGCUGA